GUAAUAAUAAUAAAAAAUCAAAACCAACCGACAAAUUCUUUCUUCAAUUUCAAUUCAAAGAAAUCUCUCUUCUACUUCGUCUUCUUCCUAAGCACACCUUAGCAAGCUUCAAACAAACUCAACAAAUACCUCUCCUUUCCUUCUCAUCUCACAAAUCCCCCACUUUCUAUCUCUAAACUAAACUCUACCACUUUAGAGAGAGAAAGAGAGCCACGAAAAAUGAAAUUCUCCUUGCUACAGCAGAGCUACAACAACCGCCGAAGCGGCAGUUUCAGAGGAUCAUCUGCGCCGUUAGAUUCAUCACCGGACAACACAAUCAAAUCACCAGCCGCUAUUUUCUGGCUCUUUUUACAUGGCAUUUGUUGUCUCAUCAGUCUCGUCCUCGGCUUUCGCUUCUCUCGUCUCGUUUUCUUCUUCCUCUUCUCUACCUCCACGACUACAACUCUCUAUGUAACGACACCGUUUCACCCUCUCAGCAAAACAUCCGACAUUUCCAAUCCCUUAACCAAUAGUGCUAAUGAUCUUCCGGUGAUCAACAAAACGGUGAGUUCGAGAGUUGUUGUCGGGCGGCACGGGAUCCGGAUCCGGCCAUGGCCGCACCCGAACCCGAGUGAAGUAAUAAAAGCGCAUCAGAUAAUAGAGAGAGUUCAAAGAGAGCAGAGUAAUCAAUUCGGUGUUAAGAGUCCUAGGAGUCUUAUCGUAGUCACGCCUACUUACGUGCGGACUUUCCAGACUUUACAUAUGACUGGUGUUAUGCAUUCUCUGAUGUUGCUCCCCUACGACGUCGUCUGGAUCGUGGUGGAGGCCGGUGGGGUCACCAAUGAAACAGCAUUGAUUAUUGCCAAAUCCGGCGUUAAGACUCUUCAUAUUGGAUUUAAUCAGAAAAUGCCGAAUUCUUGGGAAGGAAGGCACAGAUUGGAGACUAAAAUGCGGCUUCGCGCUUUGAGAGUUGUGAGAGAGGAGAAGAUGGAUGGAAUAGUGAUGUUUGCGGAUGAUAGUAAUAUGCAUAGUAUGGAGCUGUUUGAUGAGUUACAAAAUGUGAAGUGGUUUGGUGCGGUUUCAGUUGGGAUUCUUGUUCAUUCAGGUGGUGCUGAUGAGACGUUAUUAACUGCUGCUGCUGCUAUGGUUGACAAGGAGGCGGAAGAAAAUUUGCCUAAUCCAGUAGUGCCUGUUCAGGGUCCGGCUUGUAAUGCUUCUAACAAAUUGGUUGGUUGGCAUACGUUUAAUUCGUUACCGUAUGAGGGGAAGAGUGCGGUAUAUAUUGAUGAUAGGGCUACGGUGUUGCCUAGGAAGCUGGAGUGGGCUGGGUUUGUGUUGAAUUCGAGGCUUCUUUGGAAGGAAGCUGAAGAUAAACCAGAAUGGGUUAAGGAUAUGGAUUUGGUUGAUGAGAAUAUAGAGAAUCCUUUAGCUCUGCUGAAGGAUCCUUCCAUGGUGGAGCCACUUGGGAGCUGUGGGCGACAAGUUUUGCUCUGGUGGCUCCGUGUUGAGGCUCGUGCUGAUAGCAAAUUCCCUCCAGGGUGGAUAAUUGACCCACCUUUGGAAAUUACUGUGCCAUCGAAGCGAACACCAUGGCCCGAUGCCCCUCCUGAACUGCCUUCCAAUGAAAAGAUAUCAGUUAACCAAGAACAGACUGCUAAGCGUUCUUCAAAGACUCGAUCACCCAGAUCAAAACGCAGUUCAAGAAGUAAGAGAAAGCAUGAAGCAAUGUUGGUGGAGACACAGGUUUCUGCAAGGCAUUCUGAACAAAAUUGAAAUGGUAGCUUAAGCACACAUCAGAGAUACUGCCUUGUGAAUUUGACACUGCUGGCCUUCAGGAUGAAGAUAUUUUAUUGAUAAAGCAAAAAGCACACGAUCAUAAUUACCAGGUGCGUGGCAAGUACAUCUGAAAAGAAAUUCAUUAAAGCCAGGCCAGUUGAAAAUGUUUGUCGGAGCUUGAAUCCACCAUUGUUUUACUUCUUUUAUUUUUUUCCUUUUCUUUUCUAUAUGUUGGGGUUGAUUUGUUGAUAUUCUAUGGAUAAGGUAUGUCAUCACAGUCUCCUUGCCUCUGCUGCCAAGAAACACCAGGUUCUUGUAUCUGAUAAGCGUCAUUUCAUACAUAAUCUUCUAAAUAGGAAUCUAGAGUUUGUUUAGCUGCUGGAUUCAUUAAAAAUGGACCUCAUUGUAAUAAAUUUUUUCGUUUCUUGCAA